GCGGUGGGGCUUGGGCCGGGCCAAGGCCGGGGCAUGCGACGCGGGGGUGCGGCCCGGUGACGCCGCGGGCGGGGACUCUGCGCCCCGGGAGCCACGCGCUGCUGCGGGCCGAGGGCACCGCGGGGACCCGGACGCACCGCGCGGCCAUGGAGGAGGACGCGGGAGCUGCUGGCCCGGCGCCGGAGCCGGAGCCCGAGGUGGAGCCGGAGCCCGAGGCCCGCACAUCCGAGGCCGGCACAUCCGAGGCUUUCUCCCGCCUCUGGACCGACGUGAUGGGCAUCCUGGAUGGUUCCCUGGGAAACAUUGAUGAUCUGGCACAACAGUAUGCAGAUUAUUACAAUACCUGUUUCUCUGAUGUGUGUGAGAGGAUGGAGGAACUUCGGAAACGGCGUGUUUCUCAGGACCUGGAUGUGGAGAAACCCGACGCCAGCCCCACGUCACUUCAGCUGCCGUCCCAGAUCGAAGAAUCUCUCGGCUUCUGCAGCGCCGUGUCAACUCCGGAAGUAGAAAGAAAGCAACCUCUCCAUAAAUCAAACUCAGAAGACGGCUGUGUAGGAAAAGGAGACUGGAAGAAGAAAAAUAAGUAUUUCUGGCAGAACUUCCGAAAGAAUCAGAAAGGAGUAAUGAGGCAGACUUCAAGAGGAGAAGAUGUGGGCUAUGUGGCAAGUGAGAUAACAAUGAGUGAUGAGGAGCGAAUUCAGCUGAUGAUGAUGGUCAAAGAAAAGAUGAUCACCAUUGAAGAAGCGCUUGCUAGGCUUAAGGAGUAUGAGGCCCAGAACCGGCAGUCAGCUGCCUUGGACCCUGCAGACUGGCCUGAUGGCUCCUACCCGACACUGGAUGGCUCGUCCACCUGUAACUCAAGAGAACAAUCGGAUGACGAGACCGAGGAGUCGGUGAAGUUUAAGAGGUUACACAAGCUGGUUAACUCCACUCGCAGAGUCAGAAAGAAACUAAUUAGGGUGGAAGAAAUGAAAAAGCCAAGCACUGAAGGUGGAGAGGAGCAGGUGUUUGAGAAUUCACCAGUCCUGGAUGAAAGGUCUGCCCUAUACUCUGGAGUGCACAAGAAGCCAUUUUUCUAUGAUGGCUCUCCUGAGAAACCUCCAGAAGACGAUACAGACUCUCUCACCACGUCUCCAUCAUCUAGCAGCCUGGAUACCUGGGGAGCUGGCCGGAAGUUGGUCAAAACCUUCAGCAAAGGAGAAAGUCGGGGCCUGAUUAAACCACCUAAGAAGAUGGGGACAUUCUUUUCCUAUCCAGAAGAAGAAAAAGCCCAGAAAGUAUCCCGCUCCCUCACGGAGGGGGAGAUGAAGAAAGGUCUUGGGUCCUUGAGCCACGGGAGGACCUGCAGUUUUGGAGGAUUUGACCUGACAAAUCGUUCUCUACAUGUUGGCAGUAAUAAUUCUGACUCUGUGGGUAAAGAAGGAGAUAUUGUGUACAAAGAGGUUAUCAAGUCACCUACUGCCUCCCGCAUCUCUCUUGGAAAAAAGGUGAAAUCAGUGAAAGAAACAAUGAGGAAAAGAAUGUCCAAAAAAUACAGCAGCUCUGUGUCUGAGCAGGACUCGGGGCCUGAUGGAAUGCCUUGCUCUCCUGUCUCAGUAAAGCCGGAUUCAGAACAGAUGGACAAGCCCAAGCUCAAAGCUGGAGGAUCUGUCGAAAGCCUUCGGAGUUCUCUGAGUGGGCAGAGCUCAAUGAGUGGUCAGACUGUGAGUACCACCGAUUCCUCCACCAGCAACAGGGAAAGUGUCAAGUCAGAAGAUGGUGAUGAGGAGGAGCUGCCCUACCGGGGCCCAUUCUGUGGGCGCGCCCGGGUACACACUGACUUUACCCCCAGUCCCUAUGACUCAGACUCACUGAAGCUCAAGAAAGGAGAUAUUAUUGAUAUAAUCAGCAAACCACCCAUGGGUACUUGGAUGGGCCUAUUGAACAACAAAGUUGGUACCUUCAAGUUCAUCUAUGUGGAUGUGCUAAACGAGGAAGAAGAGAAGCCCAAACGCCCCACCAGGAGGAGGAGGAAAGGAAGACCACCCCAGCCCAAAUCUGUGGAGGAUCUCCUAGAUCGGAUUAACCUGAAAGAACACAUGCCCACCUUCCUGUUCAAUGGAUACGAAGACCUGGACACCUUCAAGCUGCUGGAGGAGGAAGACUUGGAUGAGUUAAAUAUCAGGGAUCCAGAACACAGAGCAGUUCUCUUGACAGCAGUGGAGCUGUUACAAGAAUAUGACAGUAACAGUGACCAGUCUGGGUCCCAGGAGAAGCUGCUAGUGGACAACCAGGGCCUGAGUGGAUGCUCCCCCCGAGACUCAGGAUGCUACGAAAGCAGCGAGAACCUGGAAAAUGGCAAAACUCAGAAAACUGGAGGUCUGUCUGCCAAAUCUUCAGCGGAGUCCAGCUUGAAGGCUUUGAAUAGGAGUCAGCCUGGCAACUAUCCGACAUUGCCUUUAACGAAGUCUGUGGAGAUCCUCAAGCAGCGGGAGGAAGGCAGGCCUGGUGGAGGCCUAGCCCCAAACCCCACCAGGCGCUGUGAUGCACCCUGUGUGACUGGCUUGAGUAAAAACCGGAGGAGCCUCCCAGUCUCCAUCUGUCGCAGCUGUGAGACCCUGGACGGCCCUCAGCCAGUGGAUACUUGGCCCCGAUCCCAUUCCCUGGAUGACAUUCAAGGAGAGGCUGAUGCUGGCAAUAGUGUGCCUACCAAGGUGCCAGAAGCCUCUCCUCAGAUUGUACCAGAAGUGCCACAGAAGACAUCUACCUGUGCCAUCAAGACUCAGCCCCGGGGCCGAGAUCCCACCGCAGGCGAUGCAUUGCUACUGACCCAAAGCAAGAGAUUUUCUGAUCCCCAGAAAAUAAUGACUAAGAAAUCAGAUGACCCCAUAGCAGCCUCUUGCGUGCCCAGAAACUUUGAGGCUCAGCCUCCUUUUAAACCCAGCUUAACAAGGACGUCCCUUGAGGGUCACAGAAAAGGACAUGAACACCACCCCCCGGGCACCAAAGAAGGGGUAAAUGUGGAACGGAGUGUCACCGAGGCCAGGAUGCAGCUGAGACAUCCAUCACAGCCCCCACCCGUGCCGGCCAAGAAGAGCAGAGAGCGCCUGGCCAACGGUCUGCACCUGGGCCCAGGUCUCGAGGUGCCCAGCCUGCCACUGAAGAAGGCCAUCCCUGCCAGCCCCAUCAGCCCCUCCUCCGACUUCCCCUCACCCCGGGAGCCUGGGCCUCCCUCGGGAACAGAGCCCAGCAGCCCACCCUGCACAAGACCUCCACCCUGGCUGGCAGAGCUGCCUGAAAGCACCAGCCUGCAGGAGCACGGUGUGAAGCUGGGCCCUGUGGUGAGCAGGAAGGUUUCCUGCGUUCGAGGUGUCAACCUAGAGAUGCUCACUGAGAAUAAGCUGCUGGCGGAGGGCAUUGAUCUCACCGAGGAGCCCUACUCUGAUAAGCAUGGCCGUUGUGGGAUUCCUGAAGCCCUGGUGCAAAGAUAUGCAGAGGAUUUAGAUCAGCCUGAGAGGGAUGUUGCCACCAACAUGGACCAGAUCCGGGUGAAGCUGCUUCGGAAGCAGCAUCGCAUGGCGAUCCCAAGUGGUGGGCUCACGGAAAUCUGCAGAAAGCCCCUCUCUCCUGGAUGUGUUGCAUCUGUGUCGGAUUGGCUCAUCUCUAUUGGCCUGCCCAUGUAUACCAGCAACCUUUCUGAUGCAGGGUUCAGCACGCUGAGCCAAGUGCCUUCUCUGUCCCACACUUGCCUUCAGGAGGCCGGCAUUACAGAGGAGCGACACAUAAGGAAACUCAUAUCCGCAGCCAGACUCUUCAAACUGCCACCAAGCCCUGAGGCCAUGUAGCCAGGCCUGGGAUAGACCUCCCUGGACAAGAGCCAGCCUUUCACUGUGCUUAUGAAGCUGAUGCAAUUCCUUCAUCUCUGGUGGGUUGACCAGAUCCAGAAGAAAAGCCCCCAUGUGGGGCUCAUUGAACACAGGAUUAGGACACAGAGUGAGGACCCGCUCCUCCAGAAAAGCUCCCUUGAGGAAAUCGGUGUGGUUCUCUUUGAUCUCUGUUCUGUUUUCAGACACAGAAGAGCCAAGAAGCCAACUAACUGUAGACACCGUGUCUCUGGUCUGUCUUUGUGCUAGCAGAGGGCUAGAAGGAGUGGGCAAGGCACCGAGGCAGCGUGUUCUGUUUCUGAUUGGGCCCUUGUCCAUCUGUUGGUCACCCUCCUGGAUGCCUGAGCCAGACAGGCUUAGCUAGGCCAAAGCAACAGACUCAAGAGUUACUGUACACUAUUGACUGUGCUCAUUUGUUCAGAAGUUAGAACGUCUAGCUACAGCAAGAGAAACAAAGAAGUCCUACUCUCCUUUAGGAAACAAGAGACAUUUUCAUUGCUUUCUAGCAAUCAGCUUUUAUUCGCCUUAAUAUGAACGUCUAAGCAGUUAUGUAUCUAGCGUCCACAACCCUUAACCCUAAUUCCAGUUGUUCAGCUUAGACUGCCAUCUAACGUAUCUGGGAUGUUUCCAGCAAAAAUGGGCUUUCUAAUGGUCUCCUUCUAACAUGGCUUGCUUUAUAGGGGUGUCUUCAGGCGCACGUUUCAGGGUGGCUUUCAGUUCUUAAACUAACUACAAAUUCAGUAAACCUGAUCCGAAUUUCACAAAGGGUCAUGUGGGUGGGUGCAUGGGUAGCGACUACAGUUUAUUUUACUCUGUUUAGUGUUGUUCUCUGUCAGCCACUGUGUAGAGUAUGGACUUGGAAUCCUGACCACAUCCAUUCCAAAAUCCAGUCAUCACCUAACGGAUCACCUUUGCAGAAAGUCAUUGUAAGGUUUCAUAUUUCAGAAAGAUUUUUUUUCUAAAAAGAGAAGUAGUUUACAAGCUGUUUGUUUGAGAUUUUUUUGCACGUUCUAUAAUUAUUAUCCAUCAUUUAUCAUUUAGAUAAUUCUUUUAAUUCAAACAGAGAUUCAUUAGGGAGCCACACAAGCCACAUUAGUCAUGUGUUAAAUAGUGCAUAUUUUCUAUUGUUUUCCAACUGGGAUUUCAGCACAGUCUAUCCAUUUUUUGUCUAGUUCUCUAGCAAACAGCAAAUGUAGACAGCUAUAAAGGUCUCCAUCACUUACAAAAUGAUUUUUCCUUCACCUUCUUGCAAAUACUGUUUGAAGCAUCAAAUGUGAUCCUGUGUAACAGAUGCACUUUGAACACAAGACCUGGAUCAAAAGUUCUCCAAAAUAUCAUGUAGUUAUUAAAAUGCAGUUUUGAUUACAAAGCCAUCUUGACUAUGUGCAUAAUAUCUCUGGAUCUAUGUCUCUGAGGAAAAGAAUGUUCUCAGGUGAUGUAUUUUUGUUUCAUGCUUUGGUAUGCAUUUUUAAAAAUAAUGUUACGUUUCUUCAGUUCCAUUCACCUUCUAUAAGACGCCAUGUGAAGAAGGUGGGGAGAUCGAGAAUAAAAAGGUAAAGCCAAGAUCCUUAUUGGACUCUUAAAAGGAGCUCAUUUUUGUCCUCCUGGGUUGUGGUAUAACCCACCUGAAGGGUGGGGCUGCAGGGUCCUAGCCUACUAGAGCAUCUUAGCCAUUUCCUGUGCUGUGGCGAUGGUAGGUUCUCCUUGGUCUUUAGAAAUAACCUCGGCUUGACAUUGCAACAGUGUGCUCACGGUUCGAACUGAGCAGAGCGACCGCACAAAAGUCACGUUAGAGGUGGCAAAGGGGAAGGAGAAAUCCCUGUGAAUUUCCAAAUUUGACUUCAUCCUCAAUGGAGGGUUUUCUUUUCAAUAAAACUAGCGCCAGAGCUUUUGAGAAUGCCAAACGAUAUCUUUAUCACUCUGGAAAUCAUUGCCUUUGCAUGGAAAAUUAAAUUCAGGGACCAUGAUUUUAGUGUGAAUGUCUGAUCUGAGGGGGCUGAGGUCGUUUUUACUUUAUUAGGUUUUUAAUUUUUGAUUUUUAUAUCUUUAGUGUUUGUUUGGUCUUCUUUUGCUUUAAACUUUUAAUUUGGUCUGAGAAAAAGCCUGAAUGUUGGUGUGUGGCAUUUGACUGAGGUGGCUUGGGGUUGCCCGUGGCUGUUAGUGGACAGAUGGUAGGCUUUAGCAAGAUCCAGUUUUGAUCAGUUGUCAGUUGCAUUUGGUACAGAAUUUUGAGUGACGGUGAAAAUUGUUGUCUUUGGAAAGCACAAAAGAAACCUGGAAAGGCAGUUCAGCUCAGGUAGCUUCACAGAGCCUGUGUGAUUUUUUUUUUUUUUUUUUUAAACGUCACAGCUGUCUGCAAAGAAUGCAGCUGCCCAAACUACUAUUUACAUUCCCGGAUAGCAAGAGCAAAUAGCUUUUCCUGGCCUUGCCUUAUCGGAGGCCCUUUUCUCUGUCCUGAACCCAGGUGUGGAUGAAAUUGAUAUGAUUCCUCCAUUAAAUCCCCAACACAGCAAAUUUCCUUUCCUAACUGCAGCGAGAGAGAUGUACAGUCCCAAGUCACUGCUGCAUGUAUGGACUGCAUUAUGUUCCAAAAAGUAAAACUGUCUGAGUCCAAGUUAUCUUGAUUUUUAAUUGAUAGAGAAAACAGUCAAGCAAGUUAUAUAACAACUAACAACAUUGCACUUUCUGUAUAUGAAAUCAAUAUUUAAAUAACUUAUUUUUCUCCAUUGCUGUUCUUAAACAUUGUAAGUAGCUGUAAUAUACCAGUACCAAUAUGUUCUUGCAAUUGCUUCAUCCCAAGAAAGCUAUGUAUUGUUUUAAAAAUUGUAAAAAUUAUUUGUGAUGAUCCAUUUAGAAAAAAGAAAGGUGGACAGAAGGGUUUUCCUAUGUAUCAAAACUUGUCUAUAAUUAUGUCAUCUAUGUACCUAGGGGAAAAAAGUAAAUAAAUUUCUUCAGUUGAACCCGU